AUGAAAUUUAUUGCCCUUGUUUCAGGGGGUAAAGAUUCAUGCUACAGUAUUCUACACAGUAUACGUCAGGGCCAUGAAAUUGUGGCGCUUGCAAAUCUUCAUCCAAUUGACGAAAACGAACAAGAACUAGAUAGUUUCAUGUUUCAAACAGUGGGUCAUGAUAUUGUUUCUCUCUAUGAAAAAUGUACCGGCUUACCAAUGUUCAGGAGACCUAUCAAGCCACAGGGUUCUAAAAACAUAUCUUUGAACUAUUCGCCGACGAGAGAUGACGAAAUAGAAGACUUGUAUGAAUUACUCAAGGAAGCAAAAAAACAAAUGCCGGAAAUUGAGGCAGUCAAUGCGGGCGCGAUUCUAUCAUCAUAUCAACGCACAAGAGUUGAAGAUGUUUGUAGAAGGCUCAAUCUUAUUUCUUUGAGCUACUUGUGGCAAAGAGACCAAUACGAACUAAUGAGCGAAAUGUGCACAAUGUCAAAGGUAACAGACGAGACACUUGAACCGAAAAUGGAUGCUCGGAUUAUCAAAGUCGCUGCUGCUGGCCUUGACGAUCGCCAUUUAGGUAAGUCUCUACCGAAAAUUUUUCCAAUAUUACAGAGAUUGAAUAGCAUGUAUGAAGUGCAUAUAUGCGGCGAAGGUGGUGAAUUUGAAACACUGGUCUUGGAUGCACCAUUCUUUGUGAACGGAUAUCUCAGAGUUAUUGGGCAGAACAUUGGAACGUCUGAAGGCAAUGCUGGUGUAUACAGCACGUGCUUGGAAGUGGAAGUAGUUGAGCGACAAACAACGCAACCAGUUGAAGCUUUGAUCAGAGAGCUCCCUGUCCCUCCUCUUCUUGAGGAGCCUUGGGAGCUUUUGCGUAAGAAGCUACUCGAGGACCAUUAUGAACUGCCAAGGGAUGGUAAUAUAUUAAAAGGCAAUGAUAUAACCUCCCCCCGCACUUGUGUGGAAGCAAUAGGACGGAAUUUGCACAUUUCAAAUUUAAGGCCGCUUCAAGGAAGUUGCCUCGAUGAAAAAUGUCGUGAUGUGUUCGCUCAAUUAGAGAGAAUCCUCUCCGAAAGACAUCUUACUCGAUCUCAAAUUCUGGCUUCCACACUUAUACUAUCAAAUAUCGAAAACUUUGCGGCUGUGAACGAAAACUACAACAAUUUCUUCGACGUCUCAAAUAUGGGUCCUCUUCCACCAUCGAGGUCAUGCGUUGAAUCAAAUUUACUUGGCGAGAACAGUCCACUUCAAUUGUCUGUGAUAGUGGAUAACUCUCACAAGCUGAUAAAAGAAGGCAAGAUACUAACUAACGAUAACAAAGAUGGUUUACAUGUUCAAGGCAGGUCUUAUUGGGCUCCUUGUAACAUUGGACCAUAUUCUCAGGCAAUAUGGGUAAAAAAUGACGUCAAUAGUGUGUGUUAUAUCAGUGGCCAAAUUUCACUUAUACCCUCCACAAUGUCGAUGCCUGAUAAGGUUGACUUUCUAUCCGAUGCAAUCUUUCAAAGCGUACUCUCAUUACGGCAUUUCCACACCCUGAAAGAAACCAUAGGUGCCAGGCAUCAGCUAUCAAUGAUAUGCUAUAUUUCCCAUGAUUCCAUGCCAGCAGUCGUAGCCAGGACAUGGGCGCAGUAUUGCGAAUCUUUAGCCACGUGCUGGGAGCACGACGGAGAAUCCUGCCAGGCAGAGACCAGUUUGCUACUUAUAGUCAAAGUUUCUAAUUUACCUCGGGGCGCAUUGUGUGAAUGGGGUGGCAUUGCCUGCCGCCGAGAGGACUACGUGGAUGAAGAUGAAGAUGAAGAUGACAAUCAUAUUGGUCAGCGAAAUGGAAAAAUCAUCGAAGCGGACGACAGUCACGUUUCUUAUGAUGAUGUAAAGCUUGCUUAUAAGACUUUAGUCACGCGAGGUAGUGAAAUCAGGCAAUAUAUCACCAUGUUUUUGGAUUCAACUGAACAUCUGUGCGAAUUAAUAGAAAAGCACAAUUCACGUCACAUAGUCUUAUACUACAAUCCCAACUCAACACCUUCAUGUCAGGAUAUAACAAAUGUUGAACAUAAUCCAGUUGAAAAAGUUUACGAUAGUGAUGGUAACAGAAGACUUUUAGCUUUGCAAAUCAAUUCAUGA